AUGCCGCGGCUCGGCAUGUUCUGGGCGGCGGCGCUCGGCGUGGGGGUCGUCACCUGCGCCGUCGUCUUCGUCCGUCAAAAGAGCUCGACGCUUUCCGUCAACCUGACGGCGGACGGCACGCGAGGGAAGGCUUUCAGUCGCGGGCCGUUCCGAGUGGUGGAGGACAGCGUGCGACCUAGGGACUGCUCAUUUGCUCAGGAGCCGCCACCCAAGCCUUUCCGCGUCUGGCUUCCGGUCCUAGGUCUCCCCAGCAACGAGUUAUCUGACUCUUCCCAAGCUGAUGCUGUAGCUGUUUCUGCUUCUGAUGCUGAAGCUGGAGCAGCUCCUGGCGAUUCACCUGACGAGAAGCUCGAAAGCACCUGGCAGGUGCCAGUGGUGGUGUUUCAGCACGGGUUCGCUUCUCAGAACUACUUUUACUCUGACCUGCUCUCGAGAAUCGCCUCUCAUGGCUACAUCGUGGUGGCUCCUCAGAUGUACUCCAUAUUAGCAGGAUUCGACACACUGCCAGAGAUGCGGGAUGCUGUGAAAGUCAUCAACUGGUUACACACCAAUCUGCACGCCCUAAUCCAUGCACGAAUCAAGCCUGCUGCCCUGGCUGCUGCGCGGGCAGCUGAACGGGCAGUUAAAAAAGGAACAGGCGACGGGGCAGAUGAACGGGCAGGAGAAGAGGCAGCAGUGGCGCAGCCUGAUUGGUCGAGGUUUGUUCUAGCAGGCCACAGCCGGGGAGGGAAGGUGACGUUUGGAAUUUUGAGAAAGCUGGUGGGGGAGGUACUUAGGUCUACAAAGCAGCAGCAUGGACUCGUAGAGGCAAAGUUACCAGUGCCUAUUAAAGCCGCAAUACUCUUCGAUCCUGUGGACGGAACCGCAUUUAAAGCCACCAAUCCUCCCACACUUACUCAUCAACCGGACUCCAUCUCUCUGGUAAACAACCCUCCUGUACUCGUUAUAGGCUCUGGCCUGGGUCCCAUUCCCAGAGGCGGUAAAUCCCCUUCCGAUAAAGGUUACCCUUGCGCGCCCGAGAAUCUCGGGCACAAAGUUUUUUUCUCGGACCUGGUCGGGCCGGCGUACCAUUUUUCGGUGCCCGAAUGCGGCCACGCUGACUUUUAUGAUGACAACUUGGGGCCGAUUUACGGACCGUUGUUUAGCAAAGUGUGCAACAAUGGGCCUGCUAGGGAACCGAUGCGGGUGGCGGCUGGAGGGCUUGCAGUGGCGUUUUUGAAAGCUGUGGUUGGGGGUGGUGGGUAUGGUGAGAAGGGAGGGAGAGUGAGGGGAGUGAGAAGUGAGAGGAGUGGGAUGGAGGUGGAGACAGGGGAUGGUGGCGGUGUGAGAGGGGCGGCAAGGAGCUUAGAGGAGAAGAGGCAGGCUCUGGAAAGAUUAGUGACUGAUGCUGCAGGUGACGUGGCUGAUGUGGCAACUGCUGCUGUGGUGGAGAGUGAGAAAGGGCAAGGCAUGGAGCAGAAACAGGAGGCGGAGCAAGAGGAGAAGCAGGAGGAGCAGCAGGAGGAGAAGCAGGGGCAGGAGCAGCAGGAGGAGAAGCACGGGCAGGAGCCGCAGGAGGAGAAGCAGGGGCAGGAGCAGCAGGAGCUGGAGCGGGAGAGGCAAAGGCUUGAGGGAGUGUACCUGAGGAGUGUAGGCAGAGGAGAGGCGUGCGGGGUUGACUCGGAAGGAGGCAUUGGUUGUGGCUCGAUUAUUAUAAGGAACAGGGAAGGAGGGUGUGCUGCUGUGAUUGGUUCAGGGAAGGGGAGUGAUGUGAGCGAUCUCUGUGAUCUGUUGCAACACCCUGAUCAUUCUCCUGUGGUGCUGUCAGAGGUGGGGUGGAAAGUGGGGCGCGGGCAGGAAUUACCUGCAGGAACACCUGAGGGAGCACCUGAAGGAACACCUGCCGCUCUCUCCGGAGCUGCAACUCCUACAGUUACUGCUGCCGCUGCCCGUUUGUGA